AUGCCCGCGCACAGAACGGGGGUAGGUAAAACCAACCCUGCACAUAAUGACGUAGGGAAAGUGACCCUCAAGGAAGGAAGCAAAAAUCCAGAAUCCGGCAGGGGAUUGGCUGGUCAAUGCUUCUCCUCCUACUCCUCAGCGCAGAUUGCACUGAGACCAAUGGCCGCAAAUGUGGGCGUUGGCGGCUGGUACAUCACUAUCGUCAUCGCCUACUGUCCCUGGUAUCUGGCCAAGCCUCAGCCCCAGCCGACCACUGCUGCACUCUAUCCAGCCCAUACCUUUGCAAAGAUCUUAGUGGCUAGUCAACUCCACUGGAGGAGCUUUUGGUACAGUGACAACCACCACAUCAGCUGCCUGCGUCCAAUGGCUGCCAGGCACGCAUUACCUAGGAACAUAACAUUUCCUGGGCGAGCGAUACACCAGUGUUGA